CUGCACACUGGCGGCCCUACCUCCUGGAUCCGGGAUUGCCUUGGGCGCAUCCGAUACGAAUGAUAGGGGGCGGGUGAACGGCCUGGUAUUUAUGCCUUACGCCCUGGUUCAGGUUUAGUCAAUGUCGCGUCUACUCACAACUCUUGCUUUUCUCACUUGUGCUCUUGCACACCAGCCCUCGGCGUAUCUGGAUGCGUUUCAGGGAUUUUUGGAUGGAUUUAUUAAUUCUGAUGUAUCUGGAAGCACCAGCCCUGCUCUGGCUGAGGAUUGUGUAGGGAGGGUUGAUGUUAUGACCACAUUCCAAGGUGGCUUGUUGAAUACAGAGUACCUCUAUGGAAUAUUCAGCGGCGUCUCCUCGCUCAACACCACCCAGUUGAUAGGCGUACCUUCGGGGGCGUCGAUCCAAUCACUCGCCAUUGAGGGACCCGUCGUCUCCGCAAGCGUCAUCCUAGCGGUGUAUUACAAGACGAUAAACUAUACCUUGCCUCUGCAGACCGACAUGUGGAUGCGGUUUGACGACGACUUGAAGGUCGAGUCCUAUGACAUGUCCCUCCGCCGCUUUCCAUGGGCGUUCGACUUCCUCCUACCAAAGUUGGCGCCUACAAUUGCGGAGGAGCUGGGGGUCUCCUACAAUGGUACCGACGCCGACAAUCAAGCACUAACUGUACAAAGAGCUAUUGCUGAUAUUUGCAGUACGGCGAUGGAGUACUGUACGGGCGAUAACCAGGUUUACGAUUCGAAUGAGAGUUGUAUGCAAUUUCUUGCCAACGAAGUUCCAUUUGGAGAUGCAUGGCAAGGGGGACAGAAUACAACGAUGUGCAGAUAUAUUCAUAAGAACAUUGUCAAACUCCGGCCUGAGGUUCAUUGCCCCCAGAUCUCUCCAUCUGGCGGAGAUGUGUGCAUCCCCAGGUCAUACGAAAAUGUGACCGAAACCUUCCCCUUUGCCUCAACCCUGGUUGCGCCCAACGCCUCUUUCACGGUCGACAAUACGAAGGGAUUGUCUGAGGAUGCUGUGACAGAGUUGAUGAAAUUCAGCAUGCUGCAGAUAUACCCCACUACAUUUGCUUUCUAUUCUAUCCCCACAAUUUUGUACUUCUUCCUGUUGUACGUCGGCGCUAAAGGCGUGGAGAUGGUGCUGCCAAGGAUAUAUACAACAUACAGAGAUCUAUCGUUCGAAAAUAAGCGGAAUACUGUUACUUAUGCCAUGAAUACAUUUUUGACCUUGGUCGCACUUAUCACACAAGGUGUCGGCGGGUCAGUGGCGAGUCAAGACUACACCGUUCUCAAUAUCUCCUUGGUGAGAGUAGUAGGCAAUCUUAUUUCCGGUUUAUACAUUUUCGAGCUGACUUACCGCCCAAACAUGAGGUGGCCCUUACUCAUCCACCACUUCUGCACCCUGUUCGCCAUUAUAUUCCUUCAAGUCGUUCUACAAAUCACAGAACAUCCCGCCAUUGCAACUGCAGGAUACAUAUGGCUUUUCCAGGCAACGACAGAGCAGUCCAUCUUCAUCGGGCUGUUCCUAUAUAGACUUCGGUAUCCUAAGCCCUUGGUGAAGAGAACGUUACAGUUCGCCGCAGUGCAAUCAUUCUUGUGCAAAAUGGGAUUCGCAACGUAUCUGGUUGUCUGGUGGGGUGUGAAGUUGGCCAAGUUCCACACACCUAGUGAUAUUGCUCUCAGCGUGAUGUUGGUUCUUAUCUGUGCAUUACUCAUGUCGACACAAGUCUAUGGCUCUUACGCUGUAUGGUCGAUAGCGAGGAAUAUGGACCGACCGUCAAAAACUUCAGACGCCGAGAAACUGCACUCGCAGACAAGCUCUACUACCGCUGUGUCGGCCCGCGAUUCGGCUUCAAGUUCAUAAAGACGGGUACCACUCUCUGAAUCCAUUCAUUUAAUACAUACACACUUAGUUUUGGCUUUGGACUUUUUCCGUAGGUAAUUUCUAGAGGAAUAUAUACACGUUCUGGUCGAUACCAUCCAUUGUAUACUAUGCUACAUUCAAUCGCAAUAGACACGAACACUUUAAUAUCCUUUGUCUCGACCCAUCGUAAUCUAAAUCAAGGAUGAACCCUCUUGCGACUUGUCCUCCUCGGAAGGUUUGACGCAUGGGGUUGCAGAUGACCCUUUGGGCCCAGAACAGGAACGAUAUGUGGGGAUACGAUUUCUCGUUGUGGCAGAUGCAAAGUUAAGGAAACGCUGAACCCACGCCGUUGAUGGAUGGAUAGGGCGGUCGAGGGCUCAGAGGCGGAGGUCGACAGGCCUGAAGUAGGUAACGGUGGCGAAGAAGUUCCGGGCAAGGGGCUGGCG